UACAGAAACCUGGUGGUAAUAUUCUGUACCUAGGUUCGCCUGGCCAGUUCAAACUUUUAACCAGGUGGAUAAAUGAAUCCAAGAGAAUCAAUGAAACAGUCAACAAUAUAACCCUAUUUUCAUUUCAACUGGAGGAUGUAACGUCACACGAUGCUGGUGUAUAUUGUUGUACAUCUGGGGGAAUUAAAGUACCUGGUUGUGGUGUAAAACUCAUAGUUACAGAUAAACCAAGUAUAAGAUUAUCUCCAGAACAGCCAGUUCUACAACUAGUGAAUGGUAAAUUAUUAGGGGAGAUAAAUCUGACUUGUAAUGCAAGAUCUAAAACCUUGCCAACUGAUCAUAAUUUAACUAUGAUAUAUAGAUGGUUUAAACAUGGUAUAUCUUAUGGUAAUGGUAGAAUACUACAAGAUAGAGAUGUUGAUAUAAAUGAUAAAGGAGAUGAUAUAAUCUGUAUAGCUACAGAUGAUCGGGAUUGUAAAACAAUUUUACAAGAUUUAAAGAAUGGUUCUACAUUGAAAACAGUUACCACAGAUAAAGAAUGUAAAGAUGUAGUAGGUGUUUCAGAAGUGUUUACUAUUCAACCGCUGUAUGGACCAUAUGAUAUACAAUUAAUCUAUGAUGAUACAAAUCUAAAACCUGGUGAAGAAAUAACGAAACGUGUAGGAGAGGAAUUAACAGUUAAUUGUACGAGUGAUUGUAAUCCAGCAUGUAAUAUCAGUUGGUGUAAAGAUGGGAAGAUGCCGAGUUCUAAUCAACAACUCAAUCUACCAGAUGUACAAGAAUCAGAUGAUGGGGUUUAUACAUGCACAGUAUACAAUAUACAUGGUACCAAAAAUGUAUCCUUUACACUAUCUACCAAUCCACCUUCUAUUAAAACGACGACAGCCAUGGAAAUAACAACUAUUGAACACCAAACAAACAGCGAUAAUACACCAAACAGCGAUAAUACACCAAACAGCGAUAAUACACAUGCCAGCGAAGGUAAUCAACAGUUAAUAAUUGGAUUAACAAUUGGUGUAGUAAUACUGGCGAUUAUUGUAAGUGUGUUAAUAGUUGUGUUUAUCUGUAUGAAGAUUAGAAACGUCCCUGGGGGCUACACGAAGAACCAAAAGAGAAGAAAAAAGAAAAAAUCUUGUGCACAGAUGAUUUAUCCAGGAUGGCACACCAACGAAAAUCAGCCUGAUGAUGAAGAAGGACUAUUUGAGGCAAUAGAGCUGCACCGUGGCGCCGCAUUGGCUGAUACUAAGCGUAAUUCCGCUAAAUUCAAAUUAAGAGAGGCUCAUAAAAAUAUAGAAGAUUUAAUUUAUGCAGAUUUAGAUUUACAACUUUGUAAUAAUAACAUUAUUCAUGGCCAGAAAUAUAAAAUUAUCUACGGAGUUAUUGACUUUAACAAGAUACCACCGCCACGCCCCUGUGGUUAUGUGUCAGAAGAAGACUCUCCGUCUUCUUCAUAGAGUAUUCUUUCUGGAAAUACAUCAUCAUCUUCAUCAUAAUCUGGUUUAUUUACUGUUGGUAUAUAUUGCAAAUACUUGUUUAGAAAUGGUUCACCGGGAUUUUCCGACGUGGUUUCCCCUUGUCAGUGGUGCAGAACGGAGGGCCUGACGAGGACAGCUGUCUAGUCCUUCGGAUGAGACGAAAAAACGUGGUCCCGUGUAUAUAUUGGAAUGCACGUAAAAGAUCCCCUGGCAGUUGGAAUUCGAUAUAAGAGUAGGCGAUAGUGCCGUUGUCCGGGCAAAAUUUCCCUCAUAGCACACUGUAUGGCGUAUGCCCGUCUUCAUUAGCCCAGUAUAGGAGCAGAACAGUAGGACGUUAAACCCCAUUUCAUUUCAUUUGUUUAGAAAUGAGAUAUAUGAAACAAUUCUUAAAAUGUUAAAUUCAAUACAGGCAUACAUUUUUGUUGUGCAUGGAUAUAUUAAUAAAAUGACUUGAACUAUUUGGGUAAAAACUAAAAAUAUCGAUUUAUACGUUGAUUUUUUUUUUUGGGGGGGGGGGGGUGGCAGAGGGAGUUUAUGUAUGGCUUUUAUAACAUGUUUUGUCAUAUAGUUUACCGUUAUAGCAUAUAGCUUGCCGUUAUAACAUAUAGCUUGCCGUUAUUACAUAUAGUCACCAUUACUAGCUUGUAUAUAUGGACUAGGUUAAUUUGUAUUAUUAUUGUGCAUUUAUUCUAAUAGCAUACAAGUUAUAUUAUUGUAGAAAGUGUUGUUAAUAUUGUAUAAACGGGAAAACUCUAGACAAUUAUCAGUGAAAUACGGUUUAACAUGGGUCGUGUUUGGGUUGAUACAUAUCCUGGAGAGACUAGUGUUUUAGGAACACUGAAAACUCAACACACCAAAGACUCCUUUUAUCGGUGUGGAACGUCACAUGUAUGCGUAUUGUUCUUGAUGUACAUACCCGGUAAUGACAUUAUUUUUGCAAAGCUCACAGAGGAACGAAAAGUACUUUUAAAAUAUUACAAAACCACUGUUGAAAUCAGUUUGUGUCGGCAAACUUUAAAAAAUUUUAUCGUUCACCGUGACACAAAGUAGUGUAGCUGUACGGUUGUGCUAAUAGUAUUUUGGAUAAUAUAUCUGACAAUGACCGAAAAGAUACUUUAAAAGAUUAUUAAACCAGUGUUGAAAUCAGUUUGUGUGGACAUACCUUUUAUCUUUUCAUCGUUUACCGUGAAACAAAGUAGUGCAGCUUUACGGUUAUGCUAAUAUACUAUUCAAAAAAAGUAGGGGAUAUUUGAUUUUUAAGUGUUAUUAAAGUCACCUAAUGAAACUGACGAAGAAACAAAUGACAAAAUGAAAUGAAGUUCACAUUCAUCGAUUUAUUCUAAAUGAUCGUUAGACUAAGUAAGGCACAGACUGACCAUUAUAAGGGUAAAAUGAUACCCGGGGUCAAACAGGAAAGUUACCACAGCAUCACAACCAAGUCAGUAACGGGUAAAUCCUCCUCUGUUUGCCAAACAAGCAUUGAUCCGACGUGGCAUACUCUUAAUGAGACGUCUAAGGUCAUUUUGGUCCGGAUUGUCCCAUUCCUGUUGCAACGCAGCAGCAAGUUCUUGGACAUUGGCAGGACGUUGUUGACGUUGACGUAACCUCUGUCCAAGCAUGUCCCAGACAUGCUCGAUGGGGGAGAGGUCGGGACUCAGUGCUGGCCAAGGUAAUGUGGUGAUGUUCUGUUGUUGGAGGUAACCUGUAACGAUCCUGGCCCUGUGACAUCUUGCGUUGUCAUCCUGGAAGAUGAAACGGCGGCCAUGACGUCGUGCGAACGGCACAACAUGGACUGCCAAGAUGUUGUCCCGGUAGUACUGGCCUGUAACACGCCCUGCAACAACAUGUAAAGCCGUUCUUCCAGCAACAGUGAUGCCUCCCCACACCAUAACAGAACCAGCCCCAAAUCGAUCAUGUCUGAUGACGUUAACGUCUUGGAAGCGCUCGUUUCGACGACGCCACACCCUCCUACGUCUGUCCAAAAAAUCAACAGUGAACCUUGACUCAUCUGAAAACAUCACAUUGCUCCAGCGUCGAUUAUCCCAGUGUUGACGAUCCCUACACCAACGACGUCUUGCCUGAAUGUGAUGAUCUCUCAAACAAGGGAUCACGCGAGGACGUCGGGCGCGAAGGUGACCCCUAUGCAGUCGAAUCCGAAUCGUCUGGCCACUCACUCUCACACCAGUGUCUGUUUGAAGACGAGCACUGAUCUGAUUUGCUGUGAUGACACGAUUUCUCAAGGCCAAGGUACGGAUAAAUCGAUCCUGGGCUUGAGUUGUCGCCCUUGGUCGACCUGAGCGUGGUCUGUCCUGUACAGAUUGUGUAUCACGGUAUCUGGACCAUAGCCUGCUUAUGACAGACUGAGAAACAUUCAUCGUCCGCGCCACAACCGCCUGUGUUGUGCCGAUCUGUAGCAUGCCAAGGGCACGUAACCUUUCAUUUUGGGUAAGCCGACGCAUAUCAAAAUUUGUUUUCUGGUCACUAAAACAAUUAAACUGAUGUUUCCACUCUGGAAUUCAAUGCCACAAUGACUGUAACAUUCAAAGUCAGAGUCGUGCAAAUCUUGGGUUGGACCCCCAUGAUGAUCCCAAGCAUCACCUGCAUUCCAUUCGGUAGCUAUUGGUGCGUUUGGGCGUCACAUGUAACUGGAAAUGUUUCUUCUGUUAGGUUCUAUAGUGACUUUUUUCGUAGUCAUUUGCAUAUUUUAGUAUUAUGCCCCCAAAAUCAAAUAUCCCCUACUUUUUUUUAAUAGUAUAUUUUGGGAUGUAUAUUAUUUCUGACCAUGAGCGAAAAAGUACUUUAAAAUGUUAUCAUUAAACCAGUGUUGAAAUCA